GGGGUUGUACGUUUUACGCAGGCGGCGGCAGCUGUGGCGUUGAGAAGACUGAGGCCGCGGCGCCUGUGGUCAGGGUCGCCAGCCUGGGAAAAGAUGGCUCCACGGCCCCCUAGGGGUCUGGUCCCAGCUCUUCUCUGGGGCCUGAGCCUCUUCCUUAGCCUCCCAGGCCCCAUCUGGCUCCAACCCUCUCCACCUUCCCAGUCUUCUCCCCCGCUUGAGCUCCAUCCAUGCCAUACCUGCCAGGCACUAGUGGAGAGCUUCAACAAGGGCCUGGAGAGAACCAUCCGGGACAACUUUGGAGGUGGAAACACUGCCUGGGAGGAAGAGAAGUUGUCCAAAUACAAAGACAGUGAGACCCGCCUGGUAGAGGUGCUUGAGGGUGUGUGCAGCAAAUCAGACUUCGAGUGCCACCGUCUGUUGGAGUUGAGUGAGGAGCUGGUGGAGAGCUGGUGGUUUCACAAGAAGCAGGAGGCCCCAGACCUCUUCCAGUGGCUCUGCUCAGAUUCCCUGAAGCUCUGCUGUCCCUCAGGCACCUUUGGACCCUCCUGCCUUCCCUGUCCUGGGGGUGCAGAGAGGCCCUGCGGUGGCUACGGGCAGUGUGAAGGGGAAGGGACCCGAGGGGGCAGUGGACACUGUGACUGCCAAGCCGGCUACGGGGGUGAGGCCUGUGGCCAGUGUGGCCUUGGCUACUUUGAGGCGGAGCGCAAUGCCAGCCAUCUGGUAUGUUCGGCUUGUUUUGGCCCCUGUGCCCGCUGCUCAGGACCUGAGGAAUCAAACUGUUUGCAAUGCAAGAAGGGCUGGGCCCUGCAUCACCUCAAAUGUGUAGACAUCGAUGAAUGUGGCACAGAGAGAGCCAAUUGUGGAGCUGACCAGUUCUGUGUGAACACUGAGGGGUCCUAUGAGUGCCGAGACUGUGCCAAGGCGUGCCUGGGCUGCAUGGGUGCAGGGCCAGGCCGCUGUAAAAAGUGUAGCCCUGGCUACCAGCAGGUGGGCUCCAAGUGUCUCGAUGUGGACGAGUGUGAGACAGAGGUGUGUCCAGGAGAGAACGAGCAGUGUGAGAACACCGAGGGUGGUUAUCGCUGUGUCUGUGUUGAGGGCUACAAACAGAUGGGGGGCGUCUGCAUGAAGGAGCAGAUCCCAGAGUCGGCAGGCUUCUUCUCAGAGAUGACAGAAGAUGAGCUUGUGGUGCUGCAGCAGAUGUUCUUCGGUGUCAUUAUCUGUGCACUGGCCACACUGGCUGCCAAGGGUGACUUAGUGUUCACCGCCAUCUUCAUUGGGGCCGUGGCAGCCAUGACUGGCUACUGGUUGUCAGAGCGCAGUGACCGGGUGCUGGAGGGUUUCAUCAAGGGCAGAUAAUCCCUGUCACCACCUGCAUGGUCUCCUCCCACCCAGGCUGUCUGCAGAGGUUGGGCCUCUCUCCUGCUAGACACUCAGAGCAGCUUGGUUUAUUUUUGAGAGUGGGGUAAGCGCCCCCCACCUGCCUGACAGAGGAGCCCAGGUACCCAGGCCUGGGCAGGUGAGGCCCCAGGGGUAAAAAAGUAGCACUGAAGGUAGAUACCAUGAGAUCUUUGCCUAGGGGAAUUGGGCAGGCUUCACAGUAUGAAUUUUAAAAGAAAAGUUUCUCCUUAUGGUAACUGCUAGUGAGCUUUGGCCCCUGUCCAGGAUGAAAGGGUCCCCACGGGGGUAGGGCUGUCACAGCCCCCACCUGCCUGCCAGCUGCAUGCUGCCAGCUCCUGUUCUAUAUUUAUCCCAUUCCCACCCACCACUUAUUUAUUUAUCUCAGGAAAUAAAGAAAGGUCUUGGAAA